GAUGGCGAUCUAGCACUCUGGACAGUUGCAUCAGUUCCUGUGUGUGCGUGUAAAUGGCUGUGCUGUGGCUGCUGCUCCACGCCACUUUUUAUUCCCAGGACGCAGAAUAGUAAUAAAUCCUCCUCUGCUAGGAAAGGCUGUGAUCAUAAUAAAGACGUCACCCUCCUGCUCGGGUUGGCUCGACCAAGCCAAGUGCGCAGCUAUUUGUAAGCUACAACAACAACAACCUCCAGCACCAUGCCCAUGGAUAACGUAGGGAUUUCUCUGAGAUCCCCUCGCCGUGCGGAGACGAUAUCUGCGUCAGAUCCAUAGCAAAGACAGCCUUUUAUUGCUCCGGAUCUCUGCUGUAGCUAAAAACACAGACAGCGUUGCGGUGUCUUCGCAACAAAUAGGACGCACGCCGUGGAUUUGAAGAGUCAUGGAAGAAACAGCUGCCGCAGCUCCGGCCCCUGGCACCGGGGUUGCCCCACCAACCCCAAGACCUCAGCCUCCCUCCUUUGUGCCCUCCCGCAGCCUGCUAGAGUGGAGACGGAGGGUCAAGUCUGAGUAUAUGCGCCUUCGCCAGUUAAAACGCCUUAAAAAAGUAGAGGAGGUCAAGACCCUGUUCAUGUCCAACAGGCAAAAGAUUGAGGAGCAGACAAAUCUCUUGAAUGCAGAGUGGUCCAGGCUCAGGAUUCAGUCCAUCCCUCUGUCAACGUCUGGUGGAGCUCUAGCCAACAAGAAGAUGUGUACAGUGGAGUUUGGUUUCCCAGGAUUCAAAGCUCAAGCCACUGCAAUGAGACCACUGUCAACAGUGGCAGGGAUCCCCUUCAUGUACUCUUGGUCACCUCUGCAGCACAAUUUCAUGGUGGAGGAUGAGACAUUCCUUCACAACAUCCCAUACAUGGGCGAUGAGGUACUGGAGCAGGACGAGGCCUUCCUGGAGGAGCUCAUCGACAACUACGAUGGUGUCCAUGGUGACAGAGAGGGGGGUUUUAUCAGUGACGAGGUCUUCAAAGAACUGGUGGAGGCCUUGAGCCAGUACUCUGACCACGAGGAUGAGGAAGAGGAGGAAGCAGCAGUGGUGACGGUGCCGACGACGGAGGUGACGGGAAAGAAAGAGGAUGAGAGAGUGAUGAGGAGGAGCUCGGUGGAGGGUUCAGAAGAGACUAAACCUGGUACUGCGGCAUUCAUCAGGAGGAAGAGGAGGAGCACUACUGAGGUGAAGGACAUGUCCAGCAGCAAGAAAGUCCCCAACGAUAACAUAUUUACAGCCAUCGCCUCAAUGUUCCCUUACAAGGGCACCACGGAGGAGCUGAAGGAAAAGUAUAAGGACCUCCUGGAGCCCCCCAGCCCAGUGAAGCUGCCCCCUCUCUGCACCCCCAACCUGGAUGGACCCUUUGCUAAGUCUGUACAGCGGGAGCAGUCGUUACACUCCUUCCACACCCUCUUCUGCAGACGAUGCUUCAAAUAUGACUGUUUUCUCCACCCUUUUCAUGCUACACCCAAUGUUUACAAGAGGAAGAGUAAGGAGAUCCGCAUAGAGACUGAACCAUGUGGUGUCGACUGCUUCCUGUUACAGAAAGGGGCUAAAGAGUUUGUGGAUCAGAAUAUGUUGCGGUCACAGAGGUCUCGGAGGCACCGAAGGCAGCAGCGUCCCACCAGCUCCAGCUGUCCUGGACCAUCUGCAUCUGCUGAGGAAGGAAAAGACAGUGACCAUGAAACCACCUCUUCCUCAGAGGGAAAUUCGCGAUGCCAGACACCCACUAAGCUGCGUCCAGGGGAUAUUCAUGGGGAGCAGCAGGCGUGCUGCGUGGUCCAGUGGAGUGGGGCGGAGGAGUCACUGUUUAGGGUGCUACAUGGCACUUACUUCAACAACUUCUGCUCCAUCGCUCGCCUUAUCGGCACAAAGAACUGCAAGGAGGUGUAUGAGUUUGCAGUGAGGGAGGUCCUGAUCCAUGGUGUUCCUUUGGGUGAUGGAGGCAUCGUGCCCCAGAAGAAGAAACGGAAACACAGGUUAUGGGCAAAGAUUCAGCUAAAGAAAGAUAACUCGUCCAAUCAGGUGUACAACUACCAGCCAUGUGAUCACCCCGACCAUCCAUGCGACAGCUCCUGCCCAUGUGUGAUGACCCAGAAUUUUUGUGAGAAGUUCUGCCAGUGUGAGCAUGAGUGCCAGAACCGCUUCCCAGGCUGCAGAUGUAAGACACAGUGCAACACUAAACAGUGUCCCUGCUACCUGGCUGUGAGGGAAUGUGACCCAGAUCUGUGCAUGACCUGCGGCGCUGCAGACCACUGGGACAGCAAAGCAAUCUCCUGCAAGAACUGCAGCAUCCAGAGAGGCUUAAAAAAGCACCUGCUCCUGGCUCCAUCAGAUGUCGCCGGGUGGGGCACCUUCAUCAAAGAGUCAGUUCAGAAGAAUGAGUUCAUCUCUGAAUACUGCGGAGAGCUGAUCUCCCAGGAUGAGGCAGACCGGCGUGGAAGGAUCUACGACAAAUACAUGUCUAGCUUCCUUUUCAACUUGAAUAAUGCAGACUUUGUUGUGGAUGCCACACGGAAGGGAAACAAAAUCCGCUUUGCAAAUCAUUCAGUUAAUCCCAACUGCUACGCAAAAGUGGUGAUGGUGAAUGGAGACCACCGCAUUGGAAUCUUUGCCAAACGAGCUAUCCUGCAAGGAGAGGAGCUCUUCUUUGACUACAGGUAGAGUCACUGGCCUUUUAGUGACUCUCCAUCAGCUUCAAAAUACAGCCAAGCGGAUGCCCUCAAAUAUGUGGGGAUAGAGCGGGAGGCAGACAUGGCUUAGCUACACCUCCUGCCUACCUCCAUAACCUGCCCCUAGCUCCUCCGCCUCCCACUAAUGCUUCUGUCCCUCUCUGUAGCGUCACAUCUAGCUGACAAGUUUCUCUGAACAUUCACUGUCUCUGCCCUCUCUGCUGCACUUCUAAAAAUAGAGAGUCCCUCCCUGCCGUGUGCAGGUGCUCCUCCUGCCCUGCACCUCCCUCAGUGACAGCAGUCAGCGCUCCCUCUCAUCUGCCCAAACCCACCCACCUACCUGCUAGACUGUAUACGCCAAGCUUAUGAAACUAAACUAUUUAAAGUGGAAAUACUAUUAAUCGCUUACUGCACCAAGAGGAUCACAUGGUUAUCUUUUUCUUUCUUUUUUUUUUUGUUCCAUCUUGUCGAAGCCAAGAGGUUGUGAUUACCCAUCAUACAGUGUGUUACUCUCUCAGCAGUUUUGUUACUGUACUUAUAGUCCGGCUUUUGUUUGACCUCUCAAUACGUAAUGCAAGCUUUUACAACGUACCUAAUGAUGAUCAGUGAAAUGCAUGUGCUGUCUCUUGGAUAAACAAACCCAUCAACAUGUUAGCCACAGCAUUAGCCUCAGUCAGAUAAUGCACUGUGCAGUCUCUCAGUGCUGUAGUGUGAUGUUACCCACUGCUUGUUCCUCAGAAGACCCAGUUUGACAGCUUUUUGUGUUCUUCUUUGAACCCGUUCAGCGGCUAGCAUCAUCAGCACAUCUUUAUGGUGAAGUAAGUUAUUGUGCAUUUAUAUCAUUGUUCUGCAAAAAUAGGCAACCAGACAAGAAACCGACUGACUGAAUGUAACCUGUAGAUGAUGGUGAAGAGAUCUCAUCCCUCUUUUCAUUUCACACAUUAAGCCCAUCCUGUUGGUACUCUGAGCAACGUGCAUGCACAUCAAACAUUACUCAUCAUGUUUACAUGACCUUGAGGCCUUCACACUUUGUGAAGGAAAGAAUUAAUGAAGUCACACAAUAAGUAAAUGUCUUCCUUUAAAAAUCAUACAAGUGCCAAAUGAUUCCACACAGAAAAGGCUGAAACAGUGUGGAUGUGUUGCAUAAUUAACAGUGGAGCGUCAAAGGUGACCUUUAACCUUUGCCAGGUUAUAAACAUGAGAAAAGCAAAAUUAUCAGUGUUUGACCAAAAAUUAAAUCCCCCCACAUGUGAAUGUAAAAUAUCCUUUAUCAUCUUUUCUUUAUUUUUUUAUAUGUCCAGAUUUGUUACUCACCCUGUUUUUCAUUUGUAUAACAUUAAAGCCCACAUUGAAAUGAGAUCUUUUUCAAUAGGGAUGAACAAAAUGGAGUUUACUGCUAUGUACAGUGUAUGCCUAUAAAAAAUUAAAGUUUAACUUUAUACAUUAAAA